UUGUUUUUCAGACCGCAAUCUCAUUUUUUAAGUGCGCCCAUUUAGAGAGGGAACAUACACACAUCAAUUUUAUUUUCGAACAAAAAGUUUUGAAAAUGUCUGAAAAGUACUGUGGCGGUCCGAAUUUCGAGGAGUACGUCGUUUGCCCGUACGAUAAAGUCCAUCGCAUAAUGCCCACCCGCUUGGCGUAUCAUUUAACGCGCUGCGCCAAGAAUUUUCCUUCCUCCAAGAUGGUGCGCUGUCCAUUCAACACAACCCAUUUGCACUCCGUUACCAAUAUGCAGUUACAUGUUAUUGACUGCCCCGACCGUGCGGCCUUAGAGCGCUACAAGCUGCCGGACUCAAUGCCGCCUGCAGAGCCGCGUCCCUGUGAGUUUAAUAUUGCAUGCUCGGAGGACUGGGAUGCCGAACCGCCAGCGCCCACAUAUGAUCCCAAGAAGUAUUGCGAAACUGAAUUGGUAAUCCGUAAUCCGCAGGGAGCUCCGCCCGCAGCCCGCCGCCAAUUCCGCGAACGCGAGCGGCGUCGUUUCCUGGAAAGCCAGCGAUUCUAGAUCUUAUAUUCAACAGUUCUUACAUUUAACCCCUCAGAUGAAGCCAUUGUUUAGGUUCUUAUUUUAUAAGUAAUUUGACACCACACAAAGAAGCGGCGCCGAUUUGCCAUAUGUAGGUGCUUUUUUUUUUAGCUUUAGUCAGCAACAUUUUUUCUUGUUCUUUUUUAAAUCCAGAAAUUCGGAGAAACAGUUCAAAUUAGAAUCAUCCAUUGCUUUCAUAUACAUGAACUAUAAGUAUAAUUUCAAAGUACACUUGCGCCAAACGGUAAAUCAGAAAGUGUUAAUACAUUUAACCGCAAUUUCCAAAAAAAGAAACGGAUCUUCGGGUCGUUGCCACCCUAUUGUGGAGCAGUGCCUGAACAAAAUUGAAGUAAAAAACAAUUUAUUUGUAAGCUUUAAUAAUAAUAUAAAAAACUUCAAUUUGGAAAACUUCCUAAAAGCUAUUAACCUGUUCUUUUUUAGACAAUAAACAAAAGAUAUUAAAUUGGAAAAAA